AUGGACGACAAGAUUCAGGAUCCUCUGGUCCGCGCGCUGGCUGAGUACAUCAAGAUGCCACAGUUCCAGCGCCAGUUCGAGCAGUUCUUCCUGGAUCACGCGCUCACGUUCACGGACGACUUGGAGCACCAGCUCGCCUACAUGACCAUCUACAUCGAGUUCCAGCACAUGUUCAACGAGCACAUGACGGCCUUCCUGACGCAGCAGGGAGUAUCAGAGGACGAGUUUGCGGAGCAUUAUCAGAAGGCGAUGAAGGCAGACCCGAAAGCGGAGCAAUACCUCGAGAUCGUGAUCGCGUCAAUGGACUACGACGCCUUCUACAGUCUCAUGAAGUCGAUGCGGGCGCGGGCGUCGGUCGAGAACCACCGGGCGGACGCAAAAGACUGCGAUACCAGGGCCUGCGGAAAGCGCGAGAGCUCGGAAGGGAAACUUAGCAAGGACGAACAAGGCCCCGAGGAUGUCGAGGACGAGGGCUUAGCCAAAGGAGCGAAGGCUGUUGCUGCCAACAACGACGAUAAGGAACUGGAUAGCAAAGAUAGCAAGUAG